AUGGCAGCCAGUAAACCACAAUAUCCACUGGGCUCUCCCCAAGAGCAUAUUGAAAUGUGUAAAACUCAUGAUUUGCCUAUUGAUGUUAUAUGUGAGGAAUGCGAUGAAUUUAUUUGUGGAAAGUGUGCCAAAACAGUUCAUAAAGAUCACGAGUGGAACACUCUACCCACGGCAUCCACCCAAAGGAGAAGAGAUUUGCUUGAAUUUCUGACAAAGAUCAAGGAAGGGGACCUACCUGGGAUUAAUAAGAAGCUAGAGAAGGUUUCAAAACAGAUCACAGAAAAUAAAGAAGUGUGUGACUCUGAGAUUAAAAAGCUUCAGAAGCAUGUUGAUGAGAUAAUGGCCAGGCUGAACGAAAUCAGGAAAAAAAAUGAACAAAGACUGAGAGAUAAUUUGGAGGAAAAAAAUAAAAAGUUGAAUAUUGUGAAAUCUGAGCUAAACAAAAAGAAGAAAGAAAUUGAAGAGAUGGUCAAGUUUAUGGAGGAUAACAACAGCGCCCUGUCAGAUUACGGCUUGAUCGUCAACCACAGAGAUCUUACAAAAAUGCUGUCUGUACAGGAUUUUGAUAUAAAGGACUGUAAACUUUCAGUAAGAUACAGUAAAGGAGAAAUCAGUGAUAAAGUGAUGGAGAAUAUGAUAGGAAAAAUUCGGGAUGUAAACAAUAUCAGUCUGACUGAAACAAGCUCAGUUGAAUAUGGAGAUCCAGAAAUAGUUGUAUUGAGGGCAUGGUGUGAAGGUCAGUGUUACACAAAACAAUUAGGGUCAGAUAACAUUGAACAAGUAAACAAAG